GGACCGUGAAAUUGGCUCAGAAUGAUUUGGGAGAAUCCAGCAGAGUCGCCUGUGACAUCAAGAUCAAGGGCGAGGGCGGCUCCGCAUCCAGCAGUGUGUGUGUAUGUGUGUGUGCGUGUGAGGGCUUUCAGGAGGGUGGCGACACGGACAUCACGGACACGGACACCUGGAGAGGCCAGCGUGACAAGACACAGCUGAGGUGGACCUCUGCUGCUUCCCACUGGCUCCUCUCCUCUUGUGCCGUGGAGACCAUUCCUGCUGCCACUGGAAUAACCUGGCGUUGGUGGCUGGUCAGCUCCUGAUGAGACAGUGGAACAGCCGAUGCAUGCUGCAUUUGGUGGAUUUCCUUCAUCCAUGUGUGUGGUGUCUUGAUAGCAGGACUCCACCACCUGCCAGGGACACCACCACCCAGUGGUCUGAGCCCACAGCAGUGUGAAGGCCACACCUGUGUCUAGCUCCAAGAGACAUUGGUAUAAUGAGUUGAGUUGGUGUGACUGGUAUAGUGAUUACUAACGUGUGUUGAUAUGUGAGUGCUGCUUGUGAGGAAAAUAUAUAGUUUGUGUGCAAUAGACAGCAUGCCCUGAGUGUUGUGUAGUGUGUAAGGAAGGCCACAGCCUACUAAAUUUGUAAACUGAGUGAGUCACAAUGGAGAAGGUGAAGCAGUUUAUGUGUGAUGAGUGUGGGGAGAUCCUGACAAGCAGCAGCAGGCAUAUCCAGCACUCACUUUCCCACAGAGGUGUGACUGUGUUUUGCUGCGAGCAAUGUGAAGAAGUGUUCCUCAGUGAAAGCCAGCUGGACCAACACUUAAAACAGCACACUGUAACUAAAAGGUUCAAGUGUGAAUUAUGUCCUAAACAUUUUAUUAAAAGGGUAGAUCUCAGAGCUCACACUUUGAUGCAUUAUGGACUAAAGGAAUAUAAAUGUGAAGAUUGCGGGAAGGAAUUUACAUCAAGGACCUGCUUCAGGCAGCACAGGAAGGUACAUUCUGAUUAUAGGGAGUAUGAGUGUGAGCAGUGUGGGAUGCAGUUCAAGUAUCGGAGUAACCUGAUGCGCCACAAGAAGAGAAAGGGUCACUUGGUGAGACACAAAUGUCAGAAGUGUGGCAAAAUAUUCAAUCAAAAGAUAUUUCUCAUACACCACUUGAAAAGGUCUCAUAAUACUGCUCCGAAACAAAUCAUAAAAAAGAAUACUGUUAAAACAAAUACAGCCAUGGUCCAGGUCCAUAAAGGCAGUCAUGAAAUGGCCAUAGUGAAGAAAAAGAAUGAUAUCACAGACCAUAAGGCCAGUCAUGAAGUGCCCGCAGUUAAGAAAAAGAGCAAUAUCACAGACCCUAAGGGCAACCAAGAAGUUCCCACAGUUAUGAAAAAGAAUGAUAUCAAAAGAGAAACAGAUGAGGGUUCUGAAGUGUUGAACAGAAAACAGAAAACGACCAAGUUUAGAUGUCAGGAGUGUAAUAAAACCUUCACCGCGAAGAACAGCCUGAUCGCCCACACCAAAGUCCACUCCAACGUGAGGGAGUACGAGUGUGUCAAGUGUGGCAUUCAGUACAAGUGGAGAAGCAACCUGAAUAGGCACCUGAAAACUCGCGCUCACUUGAAGAUUCGACACAGUUGCGCCAAGUGUGGCAAAGAGUUUGAACGAAAAAGCCAUCUCACUCAUCACCUAAAUACACGACACUUGGGAACAAAAAAAUACAGAUAGAAAUGUAGCUGUUGUAGUGGAGGAAAUGCAUGCUGGGAAAGGUUUAUGAAGUUUAUAUAUACAGCUCAUGGUUGUGGUCCAUUUUCCAACAAUUAGGGUAUGUUUGCCAUUCAUACUCUUUAUUUCAGCUUGUACCUAUAAAAAAUAACUAGAAACCAGAGUUGAAUAUAAAUUGAAAUAUAAAUUAUAAAUCAGCUAAGGUUCUCAAAGUAUAGUUUAGUCCUUUCCUGAGAAAAUUCAGAUGUUUCUUACAAACUGGCAAACUUACCCUAAAUAGCAGGUAAUGGUGGAGCAGAAUGCUAGUCCAGUGACUCAAUUUAAUUAUCAAGUUACAGAGUGAACAUUGUAUGUAUUUCAUUGGUGCUGCUACAGCCUUACCCUUGUGGUGCAGAAAUUAAAAGGCAAAGCUGUCUCUAGUGCUCUCUGCUUGGCCAGAAAAUCCUCCUCAGUCAGCACAGUGACAGCCACCACACAGUUGGAGGCUGUAGCAAUGAUGUAUGAGAGAAAAACCUCAAUAGAUUUGCAUCAGUGCAUUCCUAAAGAAAAACUUAAUCAGAUAAAAAAAGCAGCAUUAAAUAAAGUCCUAUGCCAUAAACACUACUGAUGACAAAGUAAAAGUGAUUUUAUGCAGUGAAUAUGCCCUAAAUUGAAUGGCUAUAAAAAGACAGAGAGCAUUCCAUUUUUUUUUUCCUGUGUGCAUUGCACUAGCCUUUUCUUGCAUUAAAACUUGAGUGCUAUCACAAUGUAGUCAGUAUUAAGAAGUUAACAUGCCAUCCUUCAGCUUUGAAUUGAAAUGCCAGAACUCUUUGAAAAUGCUUUUAUUCUUAAGUACAGUCCAUCCUUGUCCUUUGCAAGAAUAUGGGUGUUAAGCACAAACCAUUGACAAACAGUAAACAGUUUAUGGUGGAUAACUCAUGCAGUUUUCACCUUUUCCCAUCCAUUUCACAGUUCACUUUUACACACACAUACAUGUUUAUUUCCAGCUAGAACAACAAGCAUAAGGUAAACAAAUUUUGAACAGUGUAUUACCAUAUGGGAAACAACAUGGUGAAGGUUUUAGCAAAAACUGAAAUGUUUAGUUUUAGUUUUGAAAAAUUGUAAGAUGACCACAGUCUGGUGAAAAAUCAUCAUAUAUUGUGUUAGGCUAUUGUGAGGAAGAUUUGGUUUUAGCUGGUCAUAUUUGAUGCACAUGCACCAGAAGCAGCUGGUCUUGUGUGACCAAUGCCAAGCACCAAGCUGAGCAUGAGAGGUGAGGCAUAUGUACCCAUGCACUACUGGGCAACAGGAUCAGCGCAGCACUUUGCUCACGUGCCAAACUGAGCCGUUUCUGGCAUAUGAGCAGAUGAGGCAACUACCAGCAGUGGCCAAACCUGAUUGAUUAAAUGGCAUUGUGAGUUAGGCCUAAUAUCACCCACAGGUCACACCUCUGCCACACUUGGGGCUGUUCAAAACUACAUAAUGCCUUAAAGGGGUGGGGGGUGCGGGGGGGGUUACAUGACAUUCUCAGAUUUUUCCCUCAUUUCUUAGAACAUUUUCAUUUCAGAUUUGAUUGAUAUUACUGUAUUAGAGAGAAACCUAAACUUUAUCGAAGGGGGCGGAUACUAACUGGUGUCAUAGUUUUCUUGGUGGGUCUGGAUAUGCUACAAGACAUGACAAGGGAGGCAGAAGUAGUAUUUUCUUGCUGUGGAGUUUGCAAAGUAUAAGGAUGGACUGUAUGUUUGUAUUGCUUCUAAAUUAUUUGGUCUCAAGGAUAACUACUAAAAAGGGUACAAAUUAAAGGUAGGAUAUGUCCCUUUCCUGAGAAAAUUGUAAAAUCCUGUACAGGACAAUAAUGUAGAAAGGAUUUUUUUUGUAUAUGUUACUGUCUACAAACAUGUCAUAUUUACAUCAUUAGAUUACAGUAGUACAUGCUGAAAAGGUUGCCCACCACAUCCUCAGAAGCUGAAAUGUACAAUUCGUUGAUAGUGACUAGUCAGUUUCUAUUAAAAAAAGUAUGAAACUAAAAAUAUAAUUAGUAGCCUUGACAAUCUAAUAUGCAGGAUUGCUGUGAAGUAUGUAAAUAAGUUUUUUGACAUGCAGACUGUCCAAAUAUUAUUCCUGCAGUAUUACAGCUGCAGGAGGUAGUCUUGUGUGCAUGGGUAAUUUAAUUAUUAUUACUAGGAAUAUUCUUAAGUUUGUUUGGAAUUGCUCACCAUAACAAUCUUUACUUCACAGUUAAAUAUGACAGUUUUAGGGCUUUGCAAUUUGAAAAAACUGCUUCUCAUUAUUUUUUUAUUUUAUAUGUAUGUGUGCUUCUUGGGUUGUACAUGAGGCAUCCAGAUGUGAUGUGAUCCCCACCAGUGUUAGUCUUUAGAGCUGAUUGAAUAUUCACCUAAUUUUAGUAUGGUAUGCAUUUGUGACUAUAGUCUACCAAAUGGUUGACUACAAAAAUACUGCCAUAUAUAUUUCAGUGUACUAUAAGGCUCAACUCUAUAUCCAAGGGUAUUUUUUAAGGGAAAAAAAUUAAAAGACUUUAUCUAAUCAUUUGUUUAACAUCAGCAGAAUCUUUUAUCAUUAUUUGGUAUGCUUUAUAGGCACCUCCAUGAAAUAGUGGUUGGCAUGUCUAGCGAAGAACCCUUAGGCUACGUGCAACUUAGUAUGUGCCCUCAGCUGUCUUGUAUAGAAACACCGGUGAUGCUGAAAAUGGUAUGUUUGUUUUCAUGUGAAUGGCCAGCAGCUUGUUAUUUUGUUAUCUUUGAUAUUUUCAUUACCUGAUUUUUAUAGAAAGGAUGCUUCUUUGCCGCUUGUAUUCAUUGUCAUCCAGAUUCUAAUUGUCUGAUAUUGUCAUUUUCCUUUCUUUUAUAUAGUCAUGCAUCAGUAAUUUUGUACUUGUGUAUGUUUGAGUUGAAAAAUGAAAAUGGCAAGCGUUUUUCACCACUGUUGAGGCAUAAAACUUUGGAGUGGGAUGCAGGCUGGUUUUCAGAAGUAUUUUCUAGGAAAAAGUGAGUCAUACAUAAAAAAAUAUGGUAUAAAUAUAUCUAUGAGUUUGUACCACAGCAGGUGUUUGUUGCUAUUUCAACAUUUCCUGAAGGUUAUUGUGCAUUGAUACAUGUAACAAUAUUUUCUGUUAUUCCAUUAUCAUUAACUAAAGGACUUGAGGGAAGUAGCACUAUAUUCACUUGUAUUGCCUGUCUCCCUCGGUGAUGUAGAUUCAGUGGCCAUAUCAUGUAUUUAGCCAUAGAGCUGUGAUAAGUAUAUCCUAAGCACUUUCAUAUACGUACAUGUUCAUACUCCAGUGCUCAUAUUUUUUAGUAAUCAUAAGAAAUUAGGUUGGAAGAAUGUAUGAAUUUCUCUGUCAACUCUCAGGGGUGAGACCUGAAACCUUAACGAUUGAAAGCCCAACUCAUUAUUGCUCAGCUAAAGCCACCAGGUGUUUGGUGGUGCUUUACGGGGACAAAAUUGUUUCUGUAAAUAAUUUGCUUUUUCUCAUGUUCAAAGAAUGAUUGCAGCCAAAAGAUAUCCCAUAAGUUAAUUUUUUCAAUUAAUCAAGGUAAGCACUACAAAAAAACAUCUGUACCCACCCUCCCAGGAUGGACUGCAGAUGUAAAAUCUCUCUUUGUUUCUGAGAUGCAUCUUGGUAUUCCAUUAGUUGGUGGUAUGGAGUCUUUUCAUUGUGUGAGUUAAGGUUAUGCUUUACUCACAGUCCCACUGCAAGUCUACUAAUAGUUUUGUGUAGUGUGUAGCAUCUCAUCCAGUACUUACUCAUCUGUCCUGGAGGUGGCAGCCCAGAGAAUAGUUCUGCAUGCAUGCAUCAGUGCACUAAGACCUCUGUGUGUCAUGUAAUACAAUAUUAACACCAUGAA